AUGGUCCCGGAAAUCAAACACGACUUGAGUGCGGUCAACGGUGUGGUUUGUCGGGGAUCACGUGUUGUCGUUCCUAACGCUCUACAAAAACGUGUUGUUGAAUUGAGCCACCGCGCACAUCAAGGAAUUAGCAAGGCAAAGCAUUUUCUACGGACAUUCUGCUGGUUCCCUGGGAUGGACAAGGCCGUCGAAAACCAGGUACGAAGAUGCUUACCGUGCCAAGCUGUCCAACCACCAAAUAACGACUAGCCAAUCAAACCGUCGGAGCUACAACCAAUUGGCCCAUGGCAGUAUGUGGAAAUGGACUUCCAAGGCCCUUACCCCAACGGCGAAUAUAUAUUCAUCAUGAUUGAUCGUUACAGUCGAUGGUCGGAGAUGGCCUGGUUCCGAAACGCACCUAAUGCGAACACCACAAUCGCAGCCAUGGAGAAGAUAUUCACCAACAAAGGUGUUCCAGCGGUAUGCCAGUCGGACAAUGGCUCGCCUUUCCAAUCAAAAGAGAUGGAACAGUUUUCCCAAAGCAGCGGAUACCGCCAUCACCACAUUACUCCGGAAUGGCCCAGAGCAAACGGAACAGUUGAGCGAUUUAAUCGGAGUAUGAAAGAAGCCCUGCAGGCAGCAACCCUGGAAGGGAAAUCCCUGAGAGACAGGGAUGAGCGGAAGAGAAAUGAGAACAGUACUUCCACUUAUGACACCAACCGACCAUGUUAUAGACCGUAUACGAGACCAACGAUACAAAGCCAAGAUGAGAAACGGACUGCGGCCACAUAAACUUAGGGUAGGUGACAGUGUUAUUGUGAAGCUGCAGACGAAAGUCAACAAGCUGACGCCGACAUUCAACCCUACACCUCUGAGAAUCACCGAGGUUCAAGGCUCGAGAAUAACUGCAUGGGAGAUAAACGGCACGUGGACCAUCACGAGGGACGCGUCGUACUUCCGGAAGAUUGCAUCCGAUACGCGUGCAGAUAACGAAGAUGACCAGGACGCAUCAGACGAGAGUGACGGAGAGACGUAG